AAGAAGACAACGUCAUCAUCCAGCGUCCGUUCAAAUCAGUGAUAGCGGUACUCUCCCCGAAUCUAAAAAGGGAAAUAUUAAUUCCAUUACUGUUAAACUAGACAAAUAAACCAGUUUGAGAUGAUAGACAUGAUUGAGAAGGAGGAAUCUAUCAUUAGCGAGGAAGAAGCGGCUCAGUAUGACCGGCAGAUCCGACUAUGGGGUCUGGAAGCACAAAAGAGGUAGCUAUUAGCUAACCAGCUAGCUAACGUUAGCGUCCAUUGUCUUUGUAGCUAGAUAACCUAUUAUGUCAGUACUAAAUGCACAUGCAAUAAAUGUAAAAUUUGAACUAUGCACACACUUGGCCAUGAUACACUAAAUCUUUACAAUGUUUCUCAAUCCAUUCCUGGGGUGCACAAUUUUGCUUUGGCCCAGCGCUAACGCAGCUGGUUCAACUCACCAACUAGCCAGCUAAUCACCAAACCCUUGAAUCAGACAUGUUCGUGCUGGGCUAAAACAAAUGUGCAUCCCCUGGGGUCCCACAGCAUGAAUGGAUUGGAAAACACUGCAAAUGUUGAUGUUUACAUAAUGUAUCAAUCUGCACGAAGCAUGCAUAUUUUGUCUUGAAGGCUUUCCACCCCAUAUUGUAUGAUGGAGCCACAUAGCUAAUAAAGGUGUUGACCAUCUGCUUCUGUUCCAGACUGCGGGGCUCUCGUGUGCUCCUGGUGGGGCUCAGGGGCCUGGGGGCUGAGGUGGCCAAAAAUCUAAUCCUGGCUGGAGUGAAGGGGCUGACCCUGUUGGACCACGAACAGGUACAGACCACAAUACACAAACACAAAGGGGGGGUGGGGGGGGGGGGGUGAAGGCCUAUCCACCACCAUAGACUCUUCAAGUGCACCAUUCAAACCCUCAACCCUUUUAACAGCUGCUAUAUAUAUAUGAUAUGCUCUGGAUAGCCCUGACUUUGGCCACCUUAUUCUCUUUCACCCUUGUGGGGUAUUCGAAAGACGUGGCUUCAUGGUUCCCACUACAAUUGCAACAUGUCACAUUUUCAUCACUUUUAUUACAUUUACAUUUACAUUUAAGUCAUAAUAUGAUCUUUUCAACAACUAGGACAUCUCGGCUUCUCCCUUCUGCAAACACUUGAAACAUGACCAAAAGCUUUACAAUGGUCACCCUGCAUUGGUCUUGGGAUAAAUGCUCUGACUCUGUAGUUAAUAUACCUUAACUGCACUUGAGUAGGGAAAGACUCCAUAUCAAAAAACAAAAGAACAGAUAGACUCUUCACUUUUUCUUCAUUCACCAUACGAUUAAUCCGACGUGCAUCAAUCACUCCAGGAAUAUUUUUCAUCUCUUCAACAUCUACUUCCCACGAGACUCUAGAUAUAACCCCCUUGAGCUUUGCCCUGUUCCUAAGAGACACACGCGACACUUCAAACUUAUCAAAUCGGGUGAUACGCAACACACGUUUCUUCUGAUCCUCAGAUGCACAAAAAAAUCAAAACCAGCCCGCCUCUCGUGAUCCUCACAGCCUUCACUCUACCCAGCACUCUCUCCACCAGUUCAAAUCAAAUGUUAUUGGCCACAUGCGCCGAAUACAACAGGUGCAGACAUUACAGUGAAACGCUUACUUACAGCCCUUAACCAACAGUGCAUUUAUUUUUAAUAAAAAAGUAAAAUAAAACAACAACAAAAAAGUGUUGAGAAAAAAAGAGCAGAAGUAAAAUAAAAUAACAGUAGGGAGGCUAUAUAUACAGGGGGGUACCGGUGCAGAGUCAAUGUGCGGGGGCACCGGCUAGUUGAAGUAAUAUGUACAUGUGGGUAGAGUUAAAGUGACUAUGCAUAAAUAAUUAACAGAGUAGCAGCAGCGUAAAAAGAUGGGGUGGGGGGGCAGUGCAAAUAGUCCGGGUAGCCAUGAUUAGCUGUUCAGGAGUCUUAUGGCUUGGGGGUAGAAGCUGUUGAGAAGUCUUUUGGACCUAGACUUGGCACUCCGGUACCACUUGCCGUGCGGUAGCAGAGAGAACAGUCUAUGACUAGGGUGGCUGGAGUCUUUGACAAUUUUGAGGGCCUUCCUCUGACACCGCCUGGUAUAGAGGUCCUGGAUGGCAGGAAGCUUGGCCCCAGUGAUGUACUGGGCCAUACGCACUACCCUCUGUAGUGCCUUGCGGUCGGAGGCCAAGCAGUUGACGUACCAGGUGGUGAUGCAACCAGUCAGGAUGCUCUCGAUGGUGCAGCUGUAGAAUUUUUUGAGGAUCUGAGGACCCAUGCCAAAUCUUUUCAGUCUCCUGAGGGGGAAUAGGCUUUGUCGUGCCCUCUUCACGACUGUCUUAGUGUGUUUGGACCAUGAUAGUUUGUUGGUGAUGUGGACACCAAGGAACUUGAAGCUCUCAACCUGUUCCACUACAGCCCCGUCGAUGAGAAUGGGGGCGUGCUCAGUCCUCUUUUUUUCCCUGUAGUCUACAAUCAUCUCCUUUGUCUUGGUCACGUUGAGGGAGAGGUUGUUAUCCUGGCACCACACGGCCAGGUCUCUGACCUCCUCCCUAUAGGCUGUCUCAUCGUUGUCAGUGAUCAGGCCUACCACUGUUGUGUCGUCGGCAAACUUAAUGAUGGUGUUGGAGUCGUGCCUGGCCAUGCAGUCAUGGGUGAACAGGGAGUACAGGAAGGGACUGAGCACGCACCCCUGAGGGGCCCCCCUGUUGAGGAUCAGUGUGGCAGAUGUGUUGUUACCUACCCAGUUUGGAUAUCUCAAAUGGAUUCCUCAAGAUUGGUAAUUUGAUCAGCUGCUCCUCAUUUACAAACGGUAUUCCUACUAGAUACGAAGUGACAUUCUCAUCUCUGUACUCUACUUUGAUCCGUUUUCCAUUCUUUUGGACUAUAUUCCAAUUCUCCUUGAUUCUACCGCCAUUAGAUUCAGAAUCCACUUCAUCAUCCGCUUCCGCCAUCUUUUUUCCAUCUGACCUCGCACUCGCUGCCAUCUCUCCUCGGAAGCACUUCGUCCUGGUAACGGAGUUAGGUCAGAGGUACCCUAAAGUAGCAGGCGUAAAAUAAACACCUGAAACUAGAUCCACUACAUACUGGUCUUGACGAGAAGGAAAAAAACUGUUGAGGGAGGUUCUCUUUUGCACUGUGCAACCAAUCCAGUAAAUGUGGAGGAGGAGUUAAGAUGGAGUGUCGCCUUGUUAACAUCCAAAAGCGGAAGUCUUUCCAUUCCCCCUGAAAACCGGAACAUCCGGUUGUUGGGGACUCGGCAGAGGCUAUGUGAGAGGGAACCUUCCCAAGUAGGCUAAUGGUGGGGUGAAACACUGAGAAAAUUGCAGGACAAUAGAAAUUAAUGUUACAAACCACUAACUAUUUCUGCUCCCUUUCUUCCCAGGUGACAGAGGAGUCAUGCCGGGCCCAGUUUCUAAUUCCAGUGACUGCUCAGGGCCAGAACCGAGCCCAGGCCUCCCUGGAGCGGGCCCAGUACCUCAACCCCAUGGUGGAGGUGAAGGCAGACACAGACAGGGUGGAGACCAAACCAGACGAAUUCUUCCUUCAAUUUGAGGCAGUGAGUACAGUAGUGCAGGGCCGGCCUAUUGUCAAGAUUACUUUUUUAAAUUAUUUUUUGUUACCCUAAAUGGCCACUAGGUGGUGCAUUUACACCAUACUUCUUACUACAUGUUGCUCUGGGCAGCAGACCAAUGCCAGUGUAGCACCUGUUUUGCACAGAUUUUCUUUCCUGCAGAUUUAAGCUGUUUUUGACUGAUGAUGAGUUCCAUUGCAUGUAGUUGCACUUUGUUCACAAAAAUAAUCUUUCUUUGUAGAACUUAGUGAUAAGUGUUUUUCAUUGGAUAUCCUUGUUAAAAGUGUACUUUGCGAUUUUGGCAAUUAAGCCCUUUAUCUACUUCCCCAGAGUCAGAUGAACUCAUGGAUACCAUUUGUAUGUCUCUGCAUCCAAUAUGAAGGAAGUUAGAGGUAGUUUCGUGAGCCAAUGCUAACUAGUGUUAGCGCAAUGACUGGACGUCUAUGGUAUCUACUAACAUUCUAGCAGUUACCAUAGAGUAGAUACCAUAGACGUCCAGUCAUUGCGCUAACGCUAGUUAGCAAUUUUCUUCAAACUGCACGCAGACAUACAAAUGCUAUCCACAACUUCAUCUGACUCUGGGGAAGUAGACAAACGGCUUCAUAAUAUGAUGCAUAUACAUAUUAUUUAUACAUUGACAGAGUGAGGGAAUUGACAAGUGCCUGUAGGGGAAAAAAAUAACAAAAAAAUAAAGACCCUUGAGUUUGGAGAUAAAUACAUUUAUCUAACUUAUGUCUGUACAGCUAACAAGUAGAAACUUCGCUUUUCUGUGGCGUUUAGUUCCAGACACUGCAAAGCAAGUUGUCUGAUGUGCUCUGCUCUCAAUCAUAUUAGUGGUGGGGUUUUAAAGAGUCUCCUCAUCAGAUACUCAGGGAUUUUCGAAGCGCAAACAAGCCGCUUCCCCAGUCUGUCUGUGGCGGAGAAACGGCGGAAGCGUCCCGGGGGGAGUGCUAAUGGAAGUUCAGGAAGAGGGGGAGGCGGAGUGGGCUUUGCUGUAGACUGCUAGCCUCUUUUAUCUGCUAGCUAUGGAUAUGUCUUGCCUGUGUGGUGCAGCACUGGGAAACUGGAACUGGUUUAAAUUAGCUGGAAUGCAUGACAAGGAGCUGCUCUCUUUAGUCACUGUGUUUUGGGAUUAAUAGGUCUGGAUUAUAGCUUUGAUCCCGAUAGAGUUUGCAGGUGUUUUUGUCUUUUUAGAGAUAUUUUGAGGCAACAAUUCACACCCACAACAAACAAACAAACCUCUCUCAUUUACUUCACUCAGAAUACUGGUAUACUCUCCCUAUUCUCACUCAUGUACUUUCAUUGAGUCUACAAUAACCACUCAUUCUCUGCAUGUCUAUCACUUCACUUCUCCCUUCACCUCCUACCAGACCCAUUCUCCGUUAGGUUCCAUUGUACAGAUAAGCUAUAUAACCCCCCCUCCCUUUCCUCACUUCCUUCUUUUCACUCCCUCUCUCCCUCGCCUCUCAAACAAUCCAGCUCAGUGUCCCUCUUCACAAAGCCCUUGCCGGAGGCCAUCGAGAGGAGGCGCCCGAGCUGCACACCUCCUUCAAAGGGAGAGAGGCUCUGUGGACAGACAGACAGUACGGCUGGCCAGGCUGUUAAAAAGCCCUGUCCCCUCCGGCCUGCCAGUGCCAUCACUCCCAGUUCCCACUCCCAGUUCCCACUGCCAAUCCCCUCUAAUGAACUACACCAGCAGCAGUAGCCCAACAUGUCCAGCCAGCGUCUCCCUUAGUGUCUGUCGCCAGUGCCACAACAGAAGGCUUGCCUUUUUGUAGCUGGCAACUAAAGCCAAUAGGACUUCUAUGGUAGUCUGUAAGGGUCCCCCUUCCCCCAAAAUACCUUCUUCAUAUGGAGUUGAGGUGUGUGGUUCAAGGAAGAUCUCCGGUCCAUUUUUCAAUCAUCAAGCAUGCACCCAGCUUUGAUGAGUAGUCUAUCAAUCUUCAUUAGCUAAGGGCAAAGCAAUUAAAAACAACUUCAACCAUGCAGUAACACGUCGAUAAGAUGCCCUUGGUAAAACACUGGAGCCUGUAGUGAACUCGAUGCUGGCACCUCCCAACAUUGCGGUACUUUGUGUUCCGGGAGGGACCAGCGUGUACCACUCACCCAUGUCAGGGAUGCCACAGACAGAUGCCCGUCAACUGCCAGACAGACCCUUAUCUCUAGCCAAGUGUGGAGUGUGCUGGGUUUGGUCUGGAGGAUAAGAUGGACCCAGCCCAAGGGUCAGUUGUUUAUGAAGGCCAAUUUUCUGUUCCCCACCCUGUUCAGAAAGAACACACUGGCCAAAACAAACUAGUCGAUUCUUCGACUGAAUAACAGAUUUUGUUUACUUGAACAUGUUUUGUGUCAAAAGGACGGGGCGUCUGUUGUAGAAGCUGGUGGGUGUGAUGUUCAAGGAGGGUAACUAAAAGAGUAGGUUGUUGUUUAAGGAUUGCUAUGGUGGAAUGUAUCCAAAAGGUGCGUGUGCAUGCGUGCGCGUCAAUUCAGAUUUAGGCCUACUUGUUCAUCAUCAAGUAUUUUGUCAUCAUUCCCUGCAAGGUCUCUCAAUGAAAAUGUACUCUAUAUAUACAAAAGUAUGUUGACCUCCCCUUCAAAUGAUUGGAUUCUGCUAUUUCAGCCACACCCGUUGCUGACAGGUGUAUAAAAUCGAGAACAUUUUACAUUUACAUUUUAGUCAUUUAGCAGACGCUCUUAUCCAGAGCGACUUACAGUUAGUGAGUGCAUACAUUUUCAUACUUGCCCCCCGUGGGAAUUGAACCCACAACCCUGGCGUUGCAAGCGCCAUGCUCUACCAACUGAGCUACAAGGGCCCACAGACAUGCAAUCUCCAUAGACAAACAUUGACAGUAGAAUGGCCUUACUGAAGAGCUCAGUGACUUACAACGUGGCACCGUCAUAGGAUGCCACCUUUCCAACAAGUCAGUUCGUCAAAUUUCUGCCCUGCUAGAGCUGCCCGGGUUAACUGUAAGUGCUGUUAUUGUGAAGUGGAAACGUCUAGGAGCAACAACGGCUCAGCUGCAAAGUGGUAGGCCACACAAGCUCACAGAACGGGACCGCCGAGUGCUGAAGCGUGUAGCUCGUAAAAAUAGUCUGUCCUCAGUUGCAACGCUUACUACCGAGUUCCAAACUUCCUCUGGAAGCAACGUCAGCACGAAUCUGGGUUUGGCGGAGGCCGGGAGAACGCUAUCUGCCCCAAUGCAUAGUGCCAACGGUAAAGUUUGGUGGAGGAGGAAUAAUGGUCUGGGGCUGUUUUCCAUGGUUCGGGCUAGGCCCCUUAGUUCCAGUGAAGGGAAAUCUUAACGCUACAGCAUACAAUGACAUUCUAGACGAUUCUGUGCUUCCAACUUUGUGGCAACAGUUUGGGGAAGGCCCUUUCCUGUUUCAGCAUGACAAUGCCCCCGUGCACAAAGCGAGGUCCACUCAGAAAUGGUUUAUCAAGAUUGGUGUCAAAGAACUGGCCUGCACAGAGCCAUGACCUCAACCCCAUAGAACACCUUUGGGAUGAAUUGGAACGCCGACUGCGAGCCAUGCCUAAUCGCCCAACAUCAGUGCUCGACCUCACUAAUGCUCUUGUGGCUGAAUGGAAGCAAGUCCCCGCAGUAAUGUUCCAACAUCUAGUGGAAAGCCUUCCCAGAAGAGUGGAGGCUGUUAUAGCAGCAAAGGGAGGACCAACUCCAUAUUAAUGCCCAUGAUUUUGGAAUGAGAUGUUCGACGAGCAGGUGUCCACAUACUUUUGGUCAUGUGGUGUAGUGAGCACCAUGGGAGUUGUAGUUUUAGCUGCUCUCUGACUUUGUCCUCCCGUCCCUUGUUCCUCUCAGGUGUGUCUGACAGGCUGCUCGAGGGAUCUGAUGGUGCGCGUGGACCAACUCUGUGCCCAGCACAACAUCAAGGUCUUCUGUGGUGACGUCUUUGGUUACCACGGAUACAUGUUCUCCGACCUUGGCCAGGAGCACAACUAUGUUGAGUAAGUGUCGCGUGAGUGUUGUGUGUGUGUGAUUGUCGUGUGUCUGUUUAAUUUACUUGUCUUGAUUAAUCAUCAGUUAUACUUAUGCUCAUCUGUCCCUUGUUUUGAUGCCCCCAUCCAGGGAGAAGCCCAAAGUAGUCAAGCCCAAAACAGAGAAGUCCAAUGAUGGACCUGAGGCCAAGAAACCAAAGGUUGACCCCAAUGAGACCACCAUGAUCAAAAAGGUGAGCGUAGUAUAAUAAUAGCUCAAUUAUUGUUUUAUCAAUGUAAUGAAUGUUAUCCUCCUCCACAUCUAAUGAUGUCAUGUUCCUUUCCCUUUGGCAUCUCUCUAUCCCUACUGAACAGACGGCCAGCUUCUGCUCCUUGAAAGUGGCUCUGGAAGUGGAUUGGACAAAUGAGAAGGCCAAGAGCAGCCUGAAGCGCACCCCCGUGGACUACUUCCUGCUACACGGUACCUGCACCUUACAAUUCCACAAAGCCAUUGGAUAUAAAUAUCUAUUUGAUAAAAGAGAGAGAGAACCGUAACUGGCUGCCAUCACGUCUUUUUUAUUUUGCCGUACGAAACAGUGACGCUAUAGAUUGAUGCCCUCUACACAUGUGAGCAUCUGCAGCUCCAUUGAUAUCGCCCACCACCAUUCCUCCCUUCCUGUUUUGGUUGUUGUAGCAUUGCACCCUGUUCCUUCUAGUCUGAUUUGGUCCCUUUAAUAGCCUUCACCUGGUUUCAUAGACCCUCUUAACAUGGCUCUGUUUCCAUCACAGGCUCUCCAUGGCCAGUCGUGUGUGACUUUAGAACAGAGAAACAAACAGCUAGCCACCACCCACCCACCCACGACACUACACGACACCCGCAAGGCUGCCUACUCUCUCCGGCCCCUGUUGUUGGCUAAUAUUAAUGUAACAGCAGGAACGAAAGAAGCUGUUAUUUUGUUUUGUUUUUGUCGUUUUCAGAGGUGUCUUACAGCAUUUGGGUUUCUAUAGUUAAGUCUAGACAUAGUGGGAUCUCUCGACUGAGCUGCUCUUGAGGAAGUGGUACUUCCUCUGUUACAGGCUGUGUUACAGCUCCUCUGUGUCCCCUACUGUAUGCAACCGUAACCCCUCCGGAGGAAUGGAAGGCAGCACAGGCGUGGGGGCACAGGACUGUUUUCCCUCAACUUUGAUUUAGUUAAUGUAAUUUGAAUGUGUUGUUUUUGGUUAAUCCCUGUUUGAAUUUGAUCAAGAAUGUUCCAGACUGCUCUUUUAAGACAAUGUUUACUGGUCUACUUUGCACAGAUGUCUUUGUACACUUGCAUAUUGUGUUAGUCUGUGCCAGGUUUUGAGAUAAUUCUAUGAAAUUCAGUGGUUGAGAGAAUAUUUAGUUGAUGGUGAUGAUUCAUGUGAUGAUGGUGAUUGAUGUGGGGUUUUAUAUGCGUGCGUGUGUGCGAGGUGUCAGUCUAGUGGAAAUAGCCGUGGGCGGACUGGGCUCCAUGAUGUGAUUGAUUGGAUAGCUAAAGAGAGGAAGUGAUGACACCUGUUUUAACACUGAGGGGGCGAGGAGAGCUGCCAGGCUUAAAGGGGGGUUUAGAACCUAAAACGUCUCAGUGUGAACGGUACGUCCGUCUAUCUCCUUUAUUAUUUGCCUUUUAGUAAUAUUCAGACUCCAAACCACAUCCUCCUCAUAUUGACACAUCUGCCCACGGUCUCACACCUAGUACUAGUGGUGCGUGCUGACAAGACAAGGACAAAAGUCAUAGACGUCUGAUCACGGCCUUGUCAAACUGAUCAAAAACUGCUGUUCAUUCAAAGCCAUUAUCAGAUGAAGAGGUUCGUUGGCGCGACUGCCAGUCGUCUGUGGUACAACACAGAUAAAGAUCUGAUUGCACACCGUCUCCACGGGAUGAUCAGUAUGUAAUUGGAAGUGUGUGUGUUUGUGUGUGUACAUUUUUUCUGUGAGUGGAAGUGAAGCUAGCCAACCAGUGUCAUUCCAGCAACUGAUAGAAUCACAACCCCACCAACAAUUCCUUAGUAACAUAUUCUGUGUUGUAUGGAAAACGUAGCUCAGUAUAUGUAGCAACGUAACACAUCAAAUCAGAGCUUCAUCUGUGUGUCUUCUGUGGUUUCCCGCACUUCUUCACCACUCGUUCUAUUGUUCACUCUCUCUCUGUGUUCCUCGCUUCUCUCCCACAGUACUGCUGAAGUUCCGUACAGACAAAGGUCGCGACCCCCACCCAGAAAGCUUUGAAGCAGACGCCACGCUCCUGAGACAGAUCCGUGAUGAUGUCCUGGAGGCCAUGGGGCUGAGUAGCGAGCUGCUGCCUCAUGACUUCGUCAGGUGACUGGCUCAAUUCAACCCAGAUUUCACCACAUGGUGCAUCACUUGACAGCCGUUCAGAUGUUAAGUUGGACUCUUUGUAGGGGUGUUGCAUCUGCCAGUGAUGUUAGUUCUUAGAUGUAUCAAAGAUAAUCUGUGACUGGCUGCUCCAUUCUGAGCUAUUUCAGUUUUUCAGAGUUAAGACAAUUGUUAAUUCAUCCUUAUGAACUCAAGAGUUUGUGUAUUUCUGUUUGACAGUCAUGUUGUUUUGUGUUGUCAUCAGCUACUGCUUCUCUGAGAUGGCCCCUGUGUGUGCUGUGGUGGGUGGCGUGCUGGGACAGGAGGUUGUCAAGGUUGGUUGUCAAGUUUAUGUAUUAGUUUUUAGUUUAUUGACUUUUCAUUAGUUGCUGUAACUUUAAAUCAUUCAUACGCUACUGUCCAUCCUGGCUCUUAACUAGUGUGAACCACAACCCAUCAUACUGUCUGCACCACAUUUACUGUUGUGCAGCUUUCACUGGGGAGGAAAAUAGCAUGUUAUAUUUUGGGGAGGCAGAAAGCUAACCACUUGACAGCAGGCCACGCCACUUGAUUCUGGGUCCAAUCCAGAAAUACCCACUGAUAUGUUUCAGUCCUGUGGGGCUUUUGGGGAGAUUUAGGUGGUCAGUGUGUCUCUUUGGUGUGGCUGUUUUGGGUAUGACCUGGGUAUUGGAAAAUAAGGGAAGUGUCACAGUCCUACCUGUAUUUGAGAGUUGAGGAAGCCAGGUAAGAGGUAACGUCCGUCAGUACAGACAACCCUCUCAGCGGGAUGAUGGCACUGCGCCAGGCUGUCUGUCUCCAUAAUAUGAUGUAAUGAUGAAACUGGAUAAAAUUGCCUGCAACAGGCAGACAUCGCACUGGGUGAAGUCAAGCGAUCACCGAUCACACAGCAGACAGUGCUCACGCAGUGGAGCGGACACUAGAGUGCAUCCAAUGGGAAAGCUGCUGAUGCCUCCACAGCAAAGCUAUCCUUAUCUAUUGUGGGCUAAGUUUGAGAGAUGGUCAGGUUGUGUGUGUGUAUGUUGUUGGCUGGUAUUAACGUCUCUGUGUGUUUCUACAGGCUCUUUCCCAGAGAGAUGCACCACACAAGAACUUCUUCUUCUUUGACGGUAUGAAGGGCAGCGGGGUGGUGGACUACUUUGGUCCAAAGUGAUCGACCAUAUUCCCACCAAAGGAGGUAGAGGUGUGUGCAUGGGACAAGGAGGCCUACACUCACAUACUCAGUAACAGUUUUGAGUGUUGUCAUUCUUUUUUCCAGUCAGACUAUUUAUCAAUGUGUAACCAUUCACCUCAGCUGAAAGUUCAACAAGUGUUGCAAUAGGCGAAAAGGAUUUGUCAUUGUACGUAUCCUCUUUUUCAUAACUACGCACGCAAUACACCUACUAGACGGUUUUUCCAGCAUACCUUUUGGAAUUUCUAUUUUUUUGUUGGCUGUUAGACUGUCCUUUUAUGUUUCAAGCACACAGUGGGAUUUUUACAUUUUGUUAUAAAAAUAUUGUGAACAAAAUUUGUCUUUGAGGGGUUAUUUGGAAAUUCAAAGUAGUGAGUGGUGGAAAAAG